CACACACACUCACACACACAUACAGUAAAAAGAAACAACUGUAUGGUGGGAGGUGCAAUCUCUAAAGUUCUGAACGUGAGGAAAGCUUUCAGAGAAAAGGCUUAUAGAAGGGAGAAAAGUUUGUGGGCGUAAAGUACUGGGAAAAAAAAGAAACAGAGGUACAAUAUUGGGGGUAAAAAAAUCUACUGUCUGAGAACAGAGGAAAUAAUGUUACAUUGACAGAUUACACACAGAGCAGGGAGAAAGAGAGUGAGACUCUUCUUCAAGGAAAAGAAACCUGAUCGGAUUAUUGAAAGAGAAGCACAAUAAACAAUGAGACAGAUACCCUUCAGGAGGAAGAGAUAAGCCAAUGAGGAGGAGGCACUGACUGUCCCAGUAAGAACCUGCUUGGACCAAAGAGUAAGUACUUGGCAGGGAUCUGAGAGCGACUGGCACUCUACCCCCCCAGCUCCCCUCCUCCCUCACAGCAUUUAGGGGGUCAGUCUAACAGUGGAUCUACCUUGCGUUCAGAUAAGGAAGUUCCAUUCAAUUAUUAUUCAUUAACCUUCGCUGAUCAUUGGACUCCUGGGCUGCACUUGCUGUGUGAGUCAGCCGGAGCCAGGAGCAGGUUUUACUCUGACUGAGCUGCACUUGUUGUGGAAGGCUGCAGGCAGUGAGCUGUAAUACCGUGCGGGAUCUCCUCCACAGCAGGACAUUCCAGGCAACUUGUCCUUGUAUCAGUGGACACCCAGAGCUGGACAGCGACUAGUUCACAAACUUCACACCAGUGAUCCUCUCUCCUGCCAGGUCAGAUGAUUGAACAGCUAAUCACCCAGAGGAUUUAACUUUGUAAAAGCACCAGGUUCCUAGUGAAGAAUGGUCUCUUGGACCUGAAGAAACCAGCCUUGAGAUGCCAACAUGACACCCCCCAUGAAUGAAAUGUGGUGUAAACACUGGAAAAGGAAGAUGCAGAAGGUUCUGUGUUUUAUAGUCGUGUACUUAGCUUGCACACAGCAUUCGGUGUUAUGUUGUUCAAAUUGCAAGGUAACAUUGACAUCUCCCUCGGGAUCCUUCACCUCUCCAUGCUACCCCAAUGUGUACCCCAACAGUCAGGACUGCAAGUGGACUAUACGUGCUCCAACAGGAUUUAUCAUCCAAGUGACUUUUGUUGAUUUUGAAAUAGAAGAAGCUCAGAACUGCAUGUAUGAUUCACUAUCGAUAAACAAUGGGGAAACCACCUCAAAAUUUUGUGGUAUUACAGCAAAGGGGCUGUCAUUUAGUUCAAUUGGGAAUGAAAUGAUUAUAACUUUUGUUAGUGACUUUAGCAUCCAGAAGAAAGGAUUCAAUCUAACCUAUAACCAAGUUGCAGUAUCACUUAGAAAUCAAAAAGUCACUGUACCGCAGAACCGAAGUUCCAUUAUUUCACUCUCAUCCAAAGUGUCCAUACCUACUCUAAACAAAUUAACUGUAUGCUUUGAGGCUAGAAAAACCCAAAACACCACAGAGGAAUGGAAAGCAUUUUCAUAUUGGAUUUCCUCAACAGAUCAUUUCAGUUUUGGUAAAAACUUGAAAGGACAUUUCAUCUUAAUUUCAGGCGUGCUGUGCACGCUUGACUCUGUUUUACCGUUACUUUCCAAUCGGGAAUUUUUUAAAGAGUCAUUUCAACAGCUUUGUAUCGUCUGGAACAGCAAAUCAGAGGUCCUUGGAGUAAGAACUAAAAAUAAAUAUCAGAAUAUUUCUUGUCCAGAACUAAAGGGCCUAACUAUCCCAGAAAAUGGAAACUUCGUACUAGGAUCCUAUAACAAUAAAAUGGGGCCACUCCAAGGGGAUAUUUAUAAUUUUCGUCUGUGGAACACUGCAAUGGAUUCCGACUCGCUCUCAAAUCUCAGCUGUGAUGUGAAAGGGAACAUUAUAAACUGGGAAAAUGAUUUUUGGAACAUCCCAUUAUGGGCAAGAAAAGCUGAAAGCAACCUCAGUUGUGGUACCUCUUUACCAACCACACCAUCGACAGAGCCAACUACCUGUGAAAAGCUGGCAGGUUUAUGUCAAGCUACAGUAAGAUCUACUGUAACUCCAUCAACCAUUGUCACCACUAACACGACAGCUUUGCAUGCCACCAGUGUCACAUAUGCAACUCUAGUUUCUUCUUUAUCACCUACCUUGAGCACUGUUAACACCACCGAUAACAUAACCACCUAUAGUGUGCAAAAUGAAGUAACUACUUCUUUACCACCUGCCUCGAGCACUGUGACCACCACCGAUAGCAUUACCACCUAUAGCUCACAACCUGCAGCCACUGUAACUUCUUCUUUAUCACCUGCCUUGAGCACUAUUAACACGACUGGUAGUAUGUCCACCUUUAGCUCUUUACCCGAAGUAACUUUACCACCUGCCUCGAGCACUGUUACCACCACCACCAAUAGCAUCACCACCUAUAGCUCACAACCUGCAACUGUAACUUCUUCUUUAUCUCCUGCCUUGAGCACUAUUAACAUGGCUGAUAGCACCUAUAGCUCUUUACCCGUUACUGUAACCUCUACAACAACUACCAUGAUAACCACUAACAUGACUGAUACUAACAGCACCGAUACCCCAAAACCUGCUGGGACAUUUUAUAGGAUUUCCAUUCAAAUUGAGAAAAACAGUAAUGCCAAUAAUGAAACAUCAGUGCAGAAUCUUGUAUACAGUUGGUUAAACCGAACAUUCCAAAACUGGAACUAUACAGUCUUUGUAGUGAAUAUAAGCAUUCAGCAGAUUAACGACAGACAUGCUCGAGAUGUUGAAAAUUUCAUUAUCAAAAGCAUUCAGCAGAAUCGGAGAAGGUUCUCCAGGGAUGUGUCAAGUAGCAACAGUCAACGAUUUUCUGUUUGGGCACUUUUAGUGUACAACAAUACUAAUAACAUCACGUUACAAAAUGAGACAAUUUACCAAAAACUUACAGAACAAAAUACAACAUUGGGAGAUGAACUUCAAGUGAUGCAAGUAACAGUUUACCAAGUUGAACAAUGUCAAGCUGAGGAAAGUCCGUCAACUUAUUUCUGGCCUGCUACAAGACCAACAGUACUUCAGAGUAUACCUUGCCCUACAAGUACAGGAAACUUUGCCUCAAGGAUGUGCUUUUUAGGCUCAUCAAACUAUAAUUCUUAUUGGGGCACUCCUGAUCUCUCAAACUGCACAGAAACUGCAGGCCAGUUAGCAAAUGAACUCCUAAAUUUAACUGCUCACGGUGAGAUGACGCAAGCAAAAGUUGAUGAUGUCGUACAGAAACUAAAAAAAAUUGUCAACGGCCCCGACAUUGAUAUCUCUCUUGGUUCAACUGUUGUUCUUGUCUUUUCCAACAUCUUAAAUAGUUCCGACAAUGCUUUAUCAAAAUCAUCUUCUGAGGCCUUAAAAACAAUUGAAGCUUUGGCACUGAAGCUUCAAUUCACAGGACCGUCUUUCAGUAUUGUGUCACCUAACUUGGCUCUCGGGAUUUCUAGAGUAAACUCUACAUCAUAUCAUGGCUCCUCAUUCAGCGUGGGUUCACAGAGCAAUAGUUCUGAUUUUGAGAUUGAUAUGGAGAAAAAUCAGGGAAACCAUCUGGCGUCUGUUGUGUUGCCUUCAAGCCUAUUGUCCAGCUUAAGUCCCAGUGACUUCUACGCGAUUUCAAGAGCUCAGUUUACAUUCUUUAAUAAAGUUGGUCUUUUUCAGGACCCACAACUAAGUAGUUCAGCUGCAGAACAGAAACUUGGUAGCUACAUUGUAGCAUGCAGCAUUGGAAAUCUUUCUAUUAACAAUCUCACAGAUCCAGUUAAGAUUACCGUAAAACACACAACACCACUGAACACAUCUCAACCGACAUGUGUCUUCUGGGAUAUCAAUAAGAACUUAGGAAAUGGUGGCUGGAGUGACAAGGGCUGUAUGGUAUUAACAAAUGAAUCCAAUGCUAAUGAGACAGUUUGUCUAUGUAAUCAUCUCACGCAUUUUGGUAUACUGAUGGACCUUCAAAGAAAUGGGAACUAUCUUGAUAGUAGAGACACAAAAAUCCUUACCUUUAUAACAUACAUUGGCUGUGGAAUAUCGGCAAUUUGUACAGCUGCAACUCUGUUAACAUAUAUUGCAUUUGAGAAAAUAAGGCGCGAUUACCCUUCGAAAAUCUUAAUGAACUUGAGCACUGCCUUGCUUUUCCUCAACCUUUUCUUCCUUCUGGAUGGCUGGCUGGCUUCGUUUGAUAUUAAUGGACUGUGCAUUGCAGUUGCUGCCUUGCUACAUUUCUUUCUUCUGUCGACAUUCACGUGGAUGGGGUUGGAGGCAGUCCACAUGUAUAUUGCACUUGUCAAGGUUUUCAACACAUACAUCAGGAGAUACAUUCUGAAAUUCUGCAUAAUUGGUUGGGGUGUACCUGCUGUAGUGGUGUCUAUUGUUCUUAUCAGUACACACAGCAAUAGUGCAUACGGAAGUGCAACUUAUGGGCAAGAUGAUUCAUAUGAAGGUGACACUUUCUGUUGGAUAACAAACAACACUGUUUUCUAUGUGACCUGUGUUGCCUACUUUGUGAUUAUGUUCUUGAUGAAUGUCGCAAUGUUCAUCGUUGUGAUGGUUCAGAUCUGCGGACGAAAUGGGAAGAGGACCAAUCGCAGCAUACGAGAAGAGGUUCUAAGAAACUUGCGCAGUGUCCUCAGUCUCACUUUCCUAUUGGGAAUGACUUGGGGUUUUGCCUUUUUUGCCUGGGGUGCAGUGACUCGUGCAUUUAUGUACCUCUUUACUAUUUUCAACUCCCUACAAGGCUUAUUUAUAUUUGUUUUCCACUGUGCAUUGAAAGAAAAUGUUCAAAAACAAUGGAGGCGUCAUCUCUGCUGCGGAAAACUCAGGCUGCCUGAUAAUUCAGACUGGAGCAAAACAGCAACUAACAAUACUAAAAAGGUCAGCUCAGAUAAUCUUGGGAAAUCCCUUUCCUCCAGCUCGAUCGGCUCAAACUCCACUUAUUGGACAUCUAAAUCCAAAUCCAGCAGUAACCCUUUCUUUAAGAGAAACAGCAGCACAGGUUACAUUUUUGGCGAUAGACCUUCUGUCAAAUUUGCUCCGGUGGAUGGUGAACAGACAUCAAUUCUUCAAGUUCAUCAUGUAAUUGACAAGGUCAAAGGAUACUGCCAUUCCCAUUCUGACAAUUUUUACAAAAAUAUCAUUAUGUCAGAUUCCUUCAGUCACAGUACCAAGUUUUAGUCAUAUUGGGAGCAAGCAUCGGUUGAACUUAUGUAAGAAGAUGCUGCUUAAUAAAGCUAAAAGGGAACAUGCUCAGAUAAUCCCAUGGUUAACUGGAUGCUUGGAUUUUCUCCUACAAAAACUAUACUUUAAUCAUGGAACCUUCACAACUUUCGCAAUCAACCACCGAAUGACUGCAAAGAAAAACAUACAGAUUUUAUUUUGGUGCAUUUGUAACUUUCAGGCCAGUCUCAUGCUUCCUUGUGUUGUAUGUCACUGGGAAUUGAAAUUGAGAGCAAUUUACUUUGUCAUUAAUCCUUCAUCUGCACCUGUGUUAAAAAGAAAAUCUCUCUGUUUUAAUCUGGCACAUCCGAAGAAUUUACUUGUGUCCAUAAAUCUGGGUCCCAAUAUAAAUAAUCCACAUUCUAUAAAUUCUUUAAAUACAUGUAAUCCUGCAAAUGGGAAUUGUUUGAGCCAAUACACUUCAUUUUGAAUGUGUAAGUGAACUAUGUGUCUAAAUAAUUUAUUGUUGAAAAUUGUAAACAUUUGUUUUUACUGUCCUGUAGCUGUCCACAAUAUCCCAUGUUGGAAACCAAUGCCGCUAUCCUUUUUACUUGUAGAAUUUAUAAGUGUUGCUAAAUUUCACACUCAACCUUACCUUAGCAACUUGCAUGUUAUUUAUAUUCUUUUCUUUCUUUAAAUUCUUUUUGUAAAUAAUUUAGAUACUUGUCUACAUAAAACCAUUGUAAACAAAAACAGAAAGCACUAUUUCUGAUUGUUCUGUAUUUAUAAGGGAAUCGUGUCACUUUGUGAAUUAUAUUUUAUUUUGGCUGUUAUCUUUUAACAAAGGCAUACUUAUAACCUUAUUAGUAUUUCUGAAAAGGGAAAUUCUGCAUGUAGACAUCCAAUUUAUAGGAAACCCGAGGGAAAUAAAAGACAAGUCCAUGUCCCCAACAUGUAAGCAUGUUUUCCUGGUAUGAUGGAGCACUACCAAUACUAUAUUCCCAUAACAUUUGUGUUAAUUCUCCUUCAUUAUUUUUUACGAACUAAAUUUUCCUUUGAAAGGGUUUCAGCAAUAGAGGAAAAAAACACAUUUUAACAAAUGUUGCAGGUUCUUGAAAGGGGUUUAUCAUAGUAUUUGAACUGCUAAAGCGGCAAGUAAUGAGAAAACAAUAUAUUAAUAAACAUCCGCACAUGCACACAAACACACACAUAAACACAUAUAACAUGUUAAAUUGUAAAAAUAUUAAUCCUCUAAUCCUGCUGCACAACACAACUCUACAACACUAUGUUACUAAAAUAUGCAUUAGGCAUACACUAGUGAUUAUUAAAUAAAUACCUUAUUUUAUUUCACUAUUUUAUAAUGUAUUACAUUGAUUUUGAAAAUUUUAAAUCACAGCGUUUGUAAUCUACUUUAGAUUUAUUCAUAUGGAUUCUCAUCUAUUUAUUUAAAUAUUUUCAGCUCAAAAUAUCAAGUAUUAAGCUAUUAGCCAGACCUACAACUCCUCAUAGUAGGGCUAACCAGCUGAUAGUGUUUUGCCCAUGACCCAGCCCUGACUACAUUUCCACUAGUUGUUUGUGCGGAGUGAGUGGAAAUUGCUAAACUCUGCUAUAACUGUGAAGCACCACAUUCAUUAACAGUGCUAUGUAAAAAAGAUAUAUACAGCAUAAAUACAUACUUUAUUAUAAUUUUGUCUACAAGUUCCAGUUGAUAAUGCUGAUGAUUACACAUAAAUACAUUUAAUGAAAAUACAUCUGGCAGUCUCUUGCCUCAAUACAUUACAUUGAUUGUAUUUACAAUCGUCUUAUCUCAAUAACUUUAGUUAGUAAAGUUAUCUUUGCCACCAGAAGCCAUCUAGCUUGUAUAGAAAUCGUGAGCAUGCUUACUGCAAUGCACAGAAAGAGAAACAGACCACAUAAGCAGGGUAUUCAUCUUAAUGAAGUGGUUAUUGUGUCUGGAGUCCCCGAGCACUUUUUCUCCAUUUAAAGUUAAACAGUUUUUAGCAAUUGACAUACAACUAAGGCACAAGUUACAAUCUGCUUCAGUCAUAUCAAUUCAUAAAAGCAGUAAACAGCUCUGAUUCGCUUUGAGUGGUAAGCUGAUAAUCAUGGCAAAUCACUGCCACCAAUUGCGGAAGAAUAAGUCCGAGUGGCACAAAAAAGCCAGGUCAUGGACUGUUGGGGCCCCUUAUGCAGUGUUAAAGCAUUCAACAACAGUUUCAAAAGUUAGUCCAAACACUAUGACCACUUCAGUGAUUUGAUAUGGUCAUGGUGCCUGGAGUCUGUAUAUGCAACUCCACCUGUGGCAGGGUAAUUAGGCCAUCAUCAGCCAACCCAGAACAAUAUUCUGUGCAGAUUUUGAUGCAUUGAUUGGCUGAGAGCAGUCAGUUGACACCCACCCAAUCAGUGAGCAGAAGGAUCAGCAUUUGACAGAGCGUGAAUCUUCCUACAAAGAAGAUAAGGAGCCCUGAUGGACCCUAGUAAGAGGGUCAACCAUUAGAAACCGUUUUUCUCCAUUACUGGAGAAUAGGGCCAGGGUAUUCCUGGCAUCAUAAUCAGUACAGCUGGCUGUAGUGAUUACUAUGGUUGGAGUAAGCCCCUGACACUGAACAGAGAGACGGAACCAGGGAGCCCCAGCCAUUAUAACCACUUUUUUCCCGCUGAAUGUCAGAUUUGUCUUUUUUUAAAAGACAUGUUGGAGAACACACUUAUUUUUGGCAUGUAAUUUCCUUUACAGAAGUCGUUAUCUACGCAAAUCCAUUGAUAUUCACUAUUUGUGUGAAAUAUAAAAAAUGUCAGAUUUUUAUAAUUUUAUAUAUUGGGGAGCAAUAGAUAGAGCUCUCAUUGCCACCAACUAAUCUUUCAGUUUUAGAAAUCAGAUUGUUGCGUAAAUAUCUGCAUUCUGGGACAUAUCUACUAGAAAACAAUCAAUAUAUUAAUCCAUAAGAAUAACAUGGAUCUAUGUACACUGCCUGGGUACGUCUCACUUUACUCUUAAAAUGAGUCGAGAGAUUGAUACCACUUUACAUUAAAACAAAGAAUACAAUUCAAUUUACUGUUAUUUUUUAAGUAUUAAAGACAUAUAAAUAAAUAUUAACACGGGGAUUAAAAGACACCUCCUAAAUUCUGGAAAAUG